CGAUUGCCACUGGCAGCCAUCUUGGAUAAAAUUUCAUGAUGGCAUAGUGUCUUUCUAAUUUCUAAAUAAAAAGUGAAUGUAAGAAAUAUUUACAGUGUUAUAAAAUAAAAUUAAUUAUAAAAAAUCAACAUAAUUUUUCAUACAAAUUACCUGUUUAAAAACUGUGGUCGGACACUUUAAUAAAUUAAAAGAACACCAAUAAAACAAAUCAGCUGUUAUCCGUCAAUCGAUGUCAACAAAAUUACAUAAUUUUGUUUAGAAAAACAGUGCAGUCUCCGUUUUUGAGUGUCAUUUUGAAAUUACCAAACAUGCAGGUUCAAUCUUACAGUUUAUUGGACAAAUUAAUAAAGUAGAAGUUCUCAAAACGGCUCGCAAACAUCCGCGACUUUGUGAUUUUUUUGUAUGAUGUAGUCCAAAAUAAUUUUUAGUUAUGGAUCACAACAAUUUGAUAGAGUGCGGUGGAUUUUAUUUCAUUCAUAAUUUUGACUCUGGGAAUCUCGGGCAUGUAGAGAGGGUGCCCACGGAGCUCAUAGCUCCCAGUGUGAACCCAAAAACAAAUGCAACCGAGACCCCAGACUAUGAGUUCAACUUGUGGACUCGUCCGGACUGCGCUGGCACGGAGUUCGAGAAUGGGAAUCGAACAUGGUUCUAUUUUGGAGUGCAGGCUAGUGAGCCUAAUGUAUUGGUGCGGCUAAAUCUUAUAAACCUAAAUAAACAAGCUAAGAUGUACAACCAAGGAAUGGCUCCAGUCACUCGGACGUUGCCUGGGAAGCCUCAGUGGGAGAGGAUCAGGGAUCGUCCUGUACAUUCGACGGAUGACAACACCUUCACGUUAAGUUUCAAAUAUCGUACUUCAGAGAAUAUGAAGGCUACAACAUUUUUUGCAUUCACAUAUCCAUUCUCCUUUGCUGAGCUCCAAAUAGCUCUGAAUUCUAUUGACAUGAAGAUGCUUCCUCUGCCACCACCUCAGUCUCUGGAUGACAUUUACUAUUACAGAGAAUGUCUCAUCUAUUCACUUGAAGGAAGACGUGUCGAUUUGUUAACGAUAACAUCACAUCACGGUAUCACAACAGAAAAGGAGGAGAGGCUCAAGAAUCUUUUCCCAGAAAACCAAGAACGACCUUUUAAGUUCCAGAAUAAAAAGAUAAUCUUCAUAUCGGCGCGAGUGCACCCCGGUGAAACACCUUCAAGUUUCGUCUUCAACGGCUUCCUCAAUCUGCUGCUUAACCGGAACGAUCCGAUUGCGGUCCAGCUACGGAAGCACUACGUGUUCAAGAUGAUCCCCUUCCUCAACCCUGACGGGGUCGCGAGGGGCCAUUACCGGACGGACACGCGGGGUGUCAACUUGAACAGGGUCUAUUUGAACCCAUCGCUUGUCUAUCACCCCACUGUGUACGCUUCGAGAGCGCUAAUAAGGUACUACCACUUUGGCUGUGAAAAAGAAGACAUCAUCGAAGAUAGCAAAAGUUUCACUUCACGGAGUAUACAGAACAUCAGCGAAAGUGCAGAGCUACUAGACGCAAAGAAGAAGAAAUCCUCAAACGCCUCCACGUUCAAAGGCAACGAGUUCAAACGCGAGAAGUCGGGCAAGUCCACGACCAGCACGAAGUCUUCCACCACCAUCAAGCAGCCAUCUUCAGAAAGCGCGAGGAAGCAAGACAGCAAGAACCUAAGCGGGGAGGCCGCGCACUUAGCGGAACAAGUCUACGACAUGAAACUCCAAGAGAUGCCGUCCCAAACAUCGGACACUUCGUCCAAGCCCUCCAACACUAACAUCGCGGAGACAGCCUCGCUUCUCAACGACAACAUGUUGCGGACAUGUCUCGGCUCCAACGUCCACCUUAGCACGAGCGAAGAGCUGAACUUCCAAGGAUCCAACCCGCUCCGGCCGCUAAGGGACACAUUGAAGAAUUCCAUCAGUUUGCUGAUGGAAUCCAAUUCGUCGGUUACUGGGGACAGCUCGCUAGGCGGCAAAGAAUCGCGGCUGUCCAACGUACGCAUGGGCUGGUGCCAGGAGUGCCGGCGCGCCGUCAGCGAGCUGGAGGACACCAUGCCCGGCAUCGCCGCCAUGGUGCCCGGCUACAGCGCCUCCAUGCUGCGUCAAGACAGUCUCAAAAGUCACAACAUUGAAGAAUACAGGGAACAUCAAAAGCAGCAGAUUGACGAGCAAGAACGAUCCAUGCACGAAGUCGAACCUGGUGAGAAGGACGACACGAUUUAUUUCUGCACUAACUGCUUCAAGAAAUAUGUCAUCACAGAAUAUAACGAGGAAGUUAAGCUGUGCGACGCGGUGUCGACGGCCAGCGUGGCGGUGUCGGCGGGCGACAGCGGCGAGCCGCACGCGCACGACGCCAAGCACGCGCCGCCGCCGCCCGACCCGCCCGUGCAAGUGUCGCCGCCCCAAAAGGACGACAAGUCCAAGCCGGCCGCCAAGAAAGCGGCAAAGAAACCGCCGCCCGCGCCCGCGCCGCGCCCGCCGCCGCGCGAGCCGGAAUCCGGCUUAUAUCUCUACAUCGACCUGCACGGGCACGCCUCCAAGAAAGGCAUCUUCAUGUACGGCAACCACUUCGAGGACGUGGACAGCUCGGUGGAGUGCAUGCUGCUGCCGCGCAUCAUGUCGCUCAACAACCUGCACUUCCACUUCUCCUCGUGCAACUUCACCGAGCGCAACAUGUACCUCAAGGACCGUCGCGACGGCAUGUCCCGCGAAGGCUCCGGCCGAGUGGCCGUCCUAAAGGCCACCGGCCUCGUCCGCUCCUACACGCUCGAAUGCAACUACAACACGGGCCGGCUGGUGAACGUGCUGCCGCCGACGGUGCGGGACGGGCCGGGCGCGCCCGCCGCCGCGCCAAUGCCGCCCAAGUACACGCCGCACAUCUUCGAAGAGGUAAGACACGGUCGGGCAAAGAAUCUGGAGUAUUUCCGCGAGAUAUCGCCCGUCGAGGUGGGCCGGUCGCUGGGCGCGUCGAUCCUGGACCUGACGGGCGCGCAUCCCAACUCACGCAUCCCGUGCUCCGAGCACCGCAACCUCAGCGCCGUGCGCGAGUGGCUGCGCGCACACACGCGCACCAUGCGACCGCAGUUGACCAUGUCCCGAUUACGGCCUAAGACAUCGUCGCCCACGCGAGUGCCGCUCUACGCCCGCUCCAAAGCCAAGGUGACGGACGAACGGAAAGAAAACACCUACGUCGGAGCGAAAACCGAUUCGGAAAGGAAGCGCAGCCCGCCCGUGCUAGCCCAGCGAUCCGGUCACGACAUCAUCAACGUAAACAUGAAGUUCGCCAAGAAGAACGAACCCGUGAAAACGCCCUCGCGAACACGUUACUUGUCUGAGAACGAGCCCAAGCCGAAGACGCUCUCCACCAAACGGCGCAAUAUUUUAGCCAUUCGCAAGCCGAACUCGAGUAAGACUCAAGUGGGCGGGGUGGUAAAAGCGAAGGUGAGCCGUCGCUCAGCCGACGACGCGUCGAGCCCGCGCGCGUCUCUAGUGUCUGCCAAGCUGAGCAAGCGCAGUUUCUCGCGCUCGGUCCGCAACCGCUGCCGCGCCAUGGCCUCUUCCUCCUCCGACGACAUGCUAGGAGCUUGGGAGGACGUAGCUGGUGGUACUGCUUUGGCUGCUCAUCCCGAGGCUCUCCCAUUAGGUGCCAAGCGCCGGCCGUUAUCAAACCCGCCGCCGCCGCACCUUAAAAAGAUCCGCCUCAAGACCGGCUUGUAGCGCCGCCCGCGCGCCCGCCCCGCCCCCGCCACGCCCCCAGCCGCUCCGUCUACGUCACGCUCGUGAUCACGUCACGGCUGGAGCGGGAAGCGCGACCGUCUGAUGAUUUCUACGCUGACCACAAUUUAACGAAUUUCGGGACGUGCGUCAAGCAUUUUUCAAUAUAUUUGUAGAAUGCUGACACAACGUAGAAUUCGUUGUCAAGUGAGGUAGUGAUGUGGAAGUCUAAAAAUCGUUGAGAUGAUCUCGCUUUUGUUGAACUAUCG